AGUAUGUAUGUAUUAUAAGCAAAACUAAAACCAAUAUGGUGACGGUGAUACUAAUCAACUGUUGACGAUAAGUGAAACAAAUAUAUAUGUAUAUAAAUAAAAAAAAGAGAUAUUGAUGAAUAUAUAAUUAUACAUGUAUAUGUUUGAACAUAUACGAAAAAGAAAAAAAAAAAAUAAAAAAUAUACGUUGAGACUGUUGGGACUGAUAGUUGGAAACACAAUGAAAAUUUUGUAAAAUAUUAAAGCGAUGACUUGAGUUGAUUUAAAGUCAUUGUGUUUUUUUUUUUUUUUUUCUAUUAUUAUUAUUAUAUAUUAUAAAUUUAAAAAAAAAUCAUCACUGGAUAAUAAAAAUCAUGUGUGAUGUUUGUGCAGAUUUUCACGAUCUCCUGCUUACUUAUGAAGAUCGUGCUUCCAAGGAACAAGAUGAAGUUGCUUCUUUGUCUCCAGUUGACAUUGAAACCAUUGUCAACUAUGUUAACCAAUGGAUACAAAGACAAUGUAUGUGUUGUUAUCGUGAAGCUAAAAACUUUGAUAGAUUUAUACGUUUGACACAAAGUGUUGUAUUUUGUACACUUCAACAACUCCAAGCAAUUCAACAAAAAGAUUCUUCUUCUUCAUCAACAUUAUCAUUAUCUGAAAAUGAUAAUUCAAUUUGUGAUACAAAUGAUAAAUCAACAAUUGACAAUGAUGAUGUUAAGAAAAAAAAUAUUGAAAUUAAAGAAAUAUCAAUUCCAUCAACAUCAACAAAUAAUAACAAUAAUAUACAUAGUAAAAAAAAUGAAAAAUGGACACAACAAGAUUGUGAAAAAUUAUUUCAUUUAUUAUCAAAAAUAUUUCUACUUAAUUUUCCUCUUUAUAUUGCAAUGAAACAUGGUGGUGCAUUAAGUCCAUUAGCACCAGUUAAAGAUGAAGGUGGUUAUUGUGAACCACAUGAUCCAGAAGUACCAGCACCAUUAAUACGUGCAGUAUCAAUAUUUUGUCACAAAGAAGGUUUUAAUAUAAUGUCAUUAUGUUUUGAUCUUGAUGAAUCAUUACCAGUUGGUCUUGCACAUUCAAUGGUUGCUGUUAUUUGUAAUUUAAAAUUAUGGCUUAAUUAUGCAAGUAUAAUGCAAUUAUUUUUACCAUUACGUGGACGUGUUAUGAAAUAUAUGUGUCGUCUUGCUGAUAAAGAUUUACGUACACCAGCAGUACGUACAAUGGCUGAUUUUAUGUGGAGUGCAGUUAAAGAUCCAAUUGAUUCUGUAAUGCCAACAUUUGAUCGUGAUGGUCUUGAUUUAGCAUUUAAAUAUUUUACAAGUACAACAUUAACAAUGAGACUUGCUGGUAUUUCACAAAUAAAUUCUCAUAUAACAGCAUUUAAUGAAUUAUGUAAUAAUGAAACUGUUGCUGAAAUUGAACAAAAUGGUCAUUCAUUAGCAACAUGGUUAUCUGAUAAUAAUAUAAUAUCACAUAUAUUUGGUCCAAAUUUACAUGUUGAAGUUAUAAAACAAAGUCAUAUUGUAUUAAGUUUUUUAGCAAUGGAAGGUAGAAUAUCAUCAUCUGAUAUUGAUAUUAUGUGGCAAGCAGCACAAUUAAAACAUUGUAGUAGACCAGUAUAUGAUUUAUUAGCACCAUUAGUUAAAAAUUUAUCACCAACACCAGUACUACAUCUUUAUUCAUUAUUAUGUAAACUUGAACCAAAAGAACAUACUGAACAAAGUUUAUUUUUAGCAUCAGCAUUAAUUAAAUUUAUAUGGACAUCUGGUACACCUGGUUAUACAGGUGCUAUUAAUAUGAAAAAUCGUAAUUUAUCAAGAGAAACAGAGGGUAUUGAAAGUAGUAGUACUGAUCCAAGUGGUUUAGAUGGUAGUAGUCCAGAUGAUGAUGAAGAAGAACCAAGUCCAGCAUUAUCUGAUGGACCAUCACCACGUAAACAAGCACGUUCUGGCGUUGUUAAUAAUAAUACUAACAAUAAUAAUAAUAAUAAUAGCAAUAAUAAUAAUUGUGAUGGUGAUAUUGAUGGUGAUGUUGAUGAUGUAGCUGGUGGUGAUAGUAGUGAUUGUGAAGGUAAUUGUAAAACUAAAAAUAAUAAUAUACAAUUAUUAACAUUAAAUACUGGUUUAAAUAUUAAUAAUUUUACAAAUAUUAAAAGUAAAAAAAUUAAUGAACCAAUUGAUAAUAUUACAACGCCACCAUCACCACCACCAACAACAACAACGCCACCAACAACAACAACAACAACAACAACAACUGAUGUUGUAAAAAUAAAAAAUCAUAGUUGCUCUGAUGCUGAUACAGAAAAAUCAUGUAAUGAUGAUAUUAUAAUACAUAAUAAAAAAAAGAAAAAAAUAUUACGUAAACGUAAAACACCAAUUAAACGUAAUAAUAUUAAUGAAAUAACAACAAAUGAUAUUAUUAAAAAAAAUAAAAAUAAUAAUGAUGAAUCAAUAUUAUGUACAUCAAAAGAAUUAAAAGUAUUAGAAACUUUUGAUUGUAUUAAACAACAACAACAACAACAACAAAGAACAAUGAUUAAUACAACAGAUCAACAAGUACCAUUAACAACAAAUAUAUUAAUAAAAACAAAUAAAAAUAAUAAAAAUGAUAAAUAUAUAUUAACAGAAGAUGACAUUGAUACAUCACAUGACGAUGACGAUGAUGAUGAUGAUGAGGAUGAUGAUGAUAGUGAUAAUGUUACAACAAAUAUUGUUGUUAAUAAUAGUGAUAAUACUGGUACAGUUAUAUCUGAGCUAGCUGGUUUAGUACAUAGUACUGGACAACAAUAUUUAACAUCUGGUCUUGAUGAUAUGUUAUCAGAUGAUGAGGGUUCAUAUAGUAGUAGAAUAUCAAAUAAAAGUGAAAAAAAUAUGGCUGAUUUUGAUGGUGAAGAGAGUGCUGUUGAAGAAGAAUUAGCACAAUUAGCUGUUAGACAUUUAACAGCAAUACAAAUGCAAGCAUAUCAUACACAUCAUCAUCAUAAUCAUCAUAAUAAUCAGGGACAUCAUCACCAUCAUCAUCAUCACCACCAUCAUCAUCAACAACAGCAGCAGCAGCAACAACAGCAACAACAGCAGCAGCAACAACAACAUCCACAUCAUCAUUCACAGCUAACAAUGAGAAGAUCAGUAUUUCGUCAUCCACAAAUACGUAGAAGAAGUAUUAGACAACAACAACAACAACAAUCAACAAUACAACAAAAUCGUAUAUCAUCACAAUUUAAUCUUGAUACUGUUUGUAAACCUGGUAAUACAUUAUUAUGGGAUUUAUUACAAGAUGAUAAAAUUGGUCAAUUAAGUGAAGGUCUUGCACUUGGAGCUGAAAAAGCAUUGUGUAAUCUUUUGUGUUUUAAUGUUGAUCGUUUAAUACCAAUGAAAUUUAUUGAAGGUUGUUUAGAUAAUUUAUCAACAAAUUAUUCAGUUAUAAUAUCAUUAAGAUUAUUACCAAAAUUACUUGCUAGUUUUCAACAAUUUGGUGCAAUGGAUGCACAUACAAUAACAACAUGGGCUGAUAGAGAACGUGGUAUGAUGAAACAUUUUUUUAAUAAUCUUAAAACAUAUUCAAUGAAUUAUCAAAAAAAUGGUUGUACAUCAUCAAAUUUAUAUUCUCAUCAAACUGAAAUACAAGUUAGAUUACAAUUUUUAUCAUCAAUAUUUUCACCAUUAGGAUCACCAGAUUGUUUUCGUUUGAGUUUAGAACAAGUUGAUAUAUUAUGGCAAUGUCUUGCACAAGAUACAAUGUGUGCUGAUGAAUUAUUUAGUUGGUUAUUAAGUCAUGCUAAAUCAACUGAACAACAUGCACUUGGUAUUGAUACAUUAAAACAUUUAUGUAUGCGUAAAUUACCAAGUUUAACACCAGAAACAAUAAGUAUGACUGGUUUAAGUUUAUUUCAACAAUUAUGUAAUUUAGCACGUCUUGCUGCAGCACAUUUAGAUAGACCAUUACGUGAUGUUGAUUCAGUUGGUAUGGAUUUUUUAUGGAGAAUAGCAUUACGUGCAAAAUCAAAUGAUGUUAGUAUGGCUGCAAUACAAUAUUUAAAUGGUUAUUAUAUGUCACGUCAAUUAACACAAGAAGCUGAAUUUGUAUCACAAUGUAUGACACAUUUAACAGCAGCAAGUGUUGAUCUUGAUAAUAAUGAAGAAGCUAGUUUACGUUGUAUACAACGUGCAUUAUUAUUAUUAAGAACACAUUUAGAAGCAUUUAGAAAACGUUAUGCUUAUCAUUUACGUAGAUGGGCACUUGAAGGUCAUUGUGCUGGUUCACAUGUUGCUAUGAAUACAUCAGAAAUUGGACAAAAUAUACGUAUAUUUGUACAACCAGCUGGUAUACCAGAUAAAACUAAUUUUACAUUAUCAAGUACUGAUUAUAUUGCUGAUUUACGUGCUGAAGUUGCUAAAUGGUGGGAUGAUACACAAAAUAAUAAACAAUUAAAUAAUGAUACAACAACAUCAUCAUCUGGUAAUAAUUCAUCUGUACUUGGUACAUUAUUAACUGAUGGCCCAAUUAGAAUGAUAACACAAGGACAAGAAUUAACAUUUGAUUAUGAUGAAAAAACACUUCAAGAAAUGGGAUUUAAAGAUGGACAACUUGUAUUUAUAUCACUUGGUGCUUCUGGUGGUAAUAGUGGUGGUGGAGGUGUUGGUGCAGGUGGUGGUGGUGGUAGAAGUGGUAAUUCAUCUAGUGGUAAUCGUAAUAAUAAUAAAAGAGAUAUUGAUUCACCAUCAUUAUUACCACCACCACCACGUGAAUCAUUACCAACAUUAUUAUUAUUAACACCACAAUAUUUUGAACAAUUAUUUACAUUAAUGAGAACUUUAAGUGCUAUGAAAACAACAGUUAAAGGUGGACAAAAAAUACCACAUACUAAAGCACAAGUAUUAUCACGUAGAGUAUGGGAUACAUUAACAUUAUUACCAACAAGUCCAUCAUUAUUACGUGGUUUUCAAAAUUUAGGUGAAAUAUCAUUACCAGAAUUACUUGAUCCAGCAAGUCCACAAAAACUUAUGUAUUCAUUAUAUAUUAUUGAAUCAUUAAGUCGUAAAAAAUCAUCAACAUCAACAAGUAAUAAUAGUAGUAGUUGUUGUAGUAGUAGUAGUACUAGUAGUAGUAGUAAUAAUAGUAAUACAUCAACUGGUAUAACAAUAACAUCAAUAAAUGAUGAUGUAUUAAAUGAUAAUAAUAAAUCAUCAUCAUCAUUAUUAUUAAUAGAUAAAGAAAAAAAAGAUAUAAAUGAUAUAAAAUUAAUAAUUCCAUGGUCAAAAUUAUUUGUUCAACAUGGUGGAUUAAGACAUUUAUUUGAUAUAUUUAUGUCUGGUUGUUUGGAAGAUAGUGAUGGUAGUGAAUGGCAACAAGAUUGUUUAGCAAGUUUAUUAAAACAAUUAUGUCAUCUUGGUGUUAUACGUGAAGAAAAAAAACGUCAUAAAUCAGAUAAACUUGUUGUACCAAGAUUAAGUGAUACAAUGUUAUCAAUGAUGAAUGUUAAUAAUGUUAUGCCAAGAAUAACAAGUAUAUUAAAUGAAGCAUCAAUGCCACGUGAUCCAAAUCAUUAUAAAACUGGUUUAUUUGGUAGAUCACAAGUAAUACAUUAUACAAUGGCAUUGCUAGUAUGUUGGGUACACAGUGAUAUUAAUAUAAGACAAGAAUUAUUUUCAUCUGAAUUAUUUGGUAAAAUAUGGUUACGUAGAUUAGUACUUGAAGAUCCAGAACCAGCAGUUAGACGUGAAAUAUGUACAGCAUUAUAUCGUCUUUGUCUUGGUACAACAAAUCAAGAAGAUGAUGAUGAUAAUAAUAGUGAUUUACGUAAUGAUAAAAUAUGUUUAAUUGUACCAAUGUUAAAUACAUUAUUAGAAUAUUUAUCUGUUGCUGAAAAAAUGUAUCCAUCAAAUAGAAAACGUACUGAUUUACCAUUACAUUUAAAUACAGUUAUACAUGAUGAUGGUAAAGAACCAUAUGGACCAGCAUGUCGUGAUUAUUUUUGGCUUAUUUGUCGUCUUGUUGAUGCAUUACCAAAUAAUUCAAUAAAAUAUCAUAAAGAUAAUGAACAACAUAAUGGUACAACAAUUGAUCUUGAAUUACUUGCAAAACGUGUUAUUGAUAGUUUAUUAAAUCAUCCACAUCUUGAAACACGUCAUAAUACUGUUGAGGAUGAUGCACUUGUUGGUUUAUUAAAUUUAACAUGUAAUAUUAUGACACAUAAUCCACAAUGUAAACAAUCAAAAAUUGGUGAAAAUUUAUUAAAUCGUAUAUUUGAUUUUUUAUUUGCAUUACCAAAUUCAAAAAUGAAACAUGUACCAAAAUGUAAAAGUCAAGUAUCACGUUCAGCAGCAUUUGAUUUAUUAGUUGAACUUGUUAAAUCAGCACCAGAUAAUUAUAAAAUAUUACAUAAAAAGCUAUUAUUACAACAUAGUCCUGGUCAUAAUUCACCAUAUCCAUGGGAUUAUUGGCCACAUGAAGAUGGACGUGCUGAUUGUGGAUAUGUUGGUUUAACAAAUUUAGGUGCAACAUGUUAUAUGGCUAGUUGUAUGCAACAUCUUUAUAUGAUGCCACAAGCACGUGCAGCAAUAUUAAAAGCUGAUUGUAAUAAUGCAAAUAAACAUCAAUUAACAAUACGUGAAUUACAACGUAUGUUUGCAUAUUUAUUAGAAUCAGAAAGAAAAGCAUAUAAUCCAAGAAGUUUUUGUCGUGUUUAUACAAUGAAUCAUGAACCAUUAAAUACCGGUGAACAAAAAGAUAUGGCUGAAUUUUUUAUUGAUCUUGUAUCAAAACUUGAAGAAAUGUCAAUUGAUUUAAAAAAUUUAGUUAAAACAUUAUUUUGUGGUGAAAUAUCAAAUAAUGUUGUAUCACUUGAUUGUGAACAUGUUAGUCGUACACUCGAAGAAUUUUAUACAGUACGUUGUCAAGUUGCUGAUAUGAAAAAUUUAUAUGAAAGUCUUGAUGAAGUUACUGUUAAAGAUACACUUGAAGGUGAUAAUAUGUAUACAUGUUCACAAUGUGGUAAAAAAGCUAGAGCUGAAAAACGUGCAUGUUUUAAAAAAUUACCACAUAUAUUAUGUUUUAAUACAAUGAGAUAUACAUUUAACAUGGGUACAAUGCUCAAAGAAAAAGUUAAUACACAUUUUAGUUUUCCAUUGAGGCUUGAUAUGUCUGGUUAUGUUGAAAAAAAAUUAAUGCCACAACACUAUAAACCUAAUGAUGAUAAUGUUGAUGAAGAAGAUGAAGAAGAAGAAGAAGAAGAAGAUGAUGAUGAUGAUGACGAUGAUGAUGAAGAAGAUGAUGAUGAAGAUGAUGAAGACGAUGAAGACGAUGAAGAAGAUGAUGAGGAGGAAGACGAAGAUGAUGAUGAUGAAGACGAAGAUGAUGAUGAUGAUGAUGAAGAUGAUGAAGAUGAUGAGGAUGAUGACGAUGAAGAUGAAGACGAAGAUAAUAAUAAUAAUAAAAGUGAAAAGACUGAGUGUGAAAAUGAUGAUAAUAAUGAAAAAAAAAUUAAUAAUAAUAAUUAUAAUAAUAUUAAUAAUAUAAAUAAUGAUAGUAUAAAGAAAAAAAAAUUAAAAAAAAAAAAUAAAAAUAUUAUUAAAGAAAAUAAUGAAAAUUAUCAGUAUGAUUUAAUUGGUGUUACAGUACAUACUGGUACUGCUGAUGGUGGACAUUAUUAUAGUUUUAUAAAAGAUCGUACUUUACCAAAUAAAGAUAAAUGGUAUUUAUUUAAUGAUGCUGAAGUUAAACCAUUUGAUCCAAGUCAAAUUGCUGCUGAAUGUUUUGGUGGUGAAAUGACAAGUAAAACAUAUGAUGCAGUAACUGAUAAAUUUAUGGAUUUUAGUUUUGAAAAAACAAAUUCUGCAUAUAUGUUAUUUUAUGAAUUAUCUAGUGAUCAAAAUAUUGAUAAUAAAGAUAUUGAAGCAACUGGUUCAUCAAGUCCAAUUGAUAUACAAUCAUUAUCAACAUCAACAACAACAUUAACAACCACAACAACAACUACUACAACUACAACAUCGUCGUCGUCGUCAUUGUUAACAUCAACAACAGCAGCAGCAGCAGCAUCAAUACAACAAGAAGAUUCAACAAAAUUUAUUGAAAAAUUACCAACACAGCUAGAACUUAACAAAGAAUUAGAAGAUUGGAUUUGGCAAGAUAAUAUGCAUUUUUUACAAGAUAAAAAUAUAUUUGAACAUACAUAUUUUAGUUUUAUGUGGCAAAUAUGUGGUUAUAUACCACAAACAUUAUUAUCAAUGCAAGCAGAUGUUACUGAAUUAUCAGCUGAGCUAUCAACAUCAUUUUUUAUGGAAACAUUUAUUCAUGCUAAAGAAAAACCAACAAUGGUACAAUGGGUUGAAUUAUUAACAAAACAAUUUAAUGGUUCACCUGGUGCUUGUUCACGUUUUCUUGAACGUAUGGCUAAUGAUUCAUGGUGGCCAAUACAAAUUCUAGUCAAAUGUCCUAAUCAAAUGGUUAGACAAAUGUUUCAAAGACUAUGUAUACUUGUUAUUCAACGUUUACGAGCAACACAAGCACCAUUAUAUUUAUUAACAGCUAAUGAUAAUAAUACAGAUGAUAAUAAUGAAACAACAACAACAACAGCAUCAUCAUCAUCAACAACAUCAUCAUCAUCAAAUAGUAGUCAAUUAAAUAAUAGUGUUGGUACACAAUCAUGUGUUACAAGAUUUGUAAGAAUGUUACUAUCAUUAAUGGAACAUGCUAAACAACAUUUAAAACAUUUAACUGAAUAUUUUAGUUUUUUAUAUGAAUUUAGUAAAAUGGGUGAAGAAGAAACAUUAUUUCUAAUACGUGUACAAGCAAUAUCGACAAUGAUAAAUUUUUAUUUGGGACAUAAAACAAAUGAUAAUAAUAUUAAUACAAGUGGUGAUAAUAUUAGUGAAGAAGAUGAUGAAGAAGAAGAAGUUAUUGUAUCUGUAACAAAUGAUAAAUUACGUCCAGCAUCAUUAGAUAAAAUGAUAACAUUAAUAGCAACAUUAGUUGAACGUAGUCGUGGUAAUGAUCAUCGUUUAACAUUAUCAUCAAUUGAUUUAAAUUCAGUUGCUGGUGGUAAAGGUUUUCCAUUUUUAUAUCAACAAAUACGUGAUGUUAUUAAUUUAAAUCAAACACGUAAUUUAAUACAAUCAUUAUGUAGAUGGAAUGAUAGACUUGCAAUACAUAUUAUAACAAUGAUAUUUCAAGCAAUAACAAAACAUACUGAUAUAUGUCAACCAUUUUUUAAAUUAUUAACAUUAUUAACUGAAAAUAAUGGACCAAGUGGUAUGCCAUGUAUGACACAAUUAAUAUUAAGUCGUGUAUGGGAUGCUGCUAGAGUUGCACCACAUGGUGCACUUGAAUGGCUUGCACUUGCUGUUACAAGAAAUAAAUUAUCACAUGCAUGGGUAUUACAAGGUAUUGAUACAUGGUUACAACAUUUUUUAAUUGAACAUACAAAUCAACGUGUUAGAUCAGCUGCUGCAUUUUUAUUAGUAUCACUUGUACCAUCAACACAUUUUCGUCAAGGUUAUAGAAGUGCACAUAGACUUGGUAUUGGUUGUAAUACAACAAGAGAAUGUCAAUUAUCAAAUGAAGCAAUAUUAAUAUUACAUCAAAUUUAUACAGCAUUAUUAAGAUUAUUACAAUCAGCAAGACAUUUUAUUGAUAUACAAACACAUGGUACUAUGAAACUUACAGCUUAUUUUGCACUUAUGACAUAUUGUGUUGUUUCAAAAACUGAAAAAAUGAUGUUUGGACCAUAUUUAAAUGAUUUGUGGACAUUAUUUCAUCCAAAAUUAUCAGAACCAAGUAUACCAGUACAUCAUAAUAAACAAGCUGUUUUAUUAUUUUGGUAUCAUGUUUGUUCUGAUUGUCCAGAAAAUAUUGCAAUGAUACUUCAUAAUCCACAUAUUACAAAAAAUAUUGCAUUUAAUUAUAUACUAGCUGAUCAUGAAGAUCAAGAUGUUGUAUUAUUUAAUCGUGUCAUGUUACCAGCAUACUAUGGUUUAUUACGUUUAUGUUGUCAACAAUCACGUGCAUUUACACGUCAAUUAGCAGCUCAUCAAAAUAUACAAUGGGCAUUUAAAAAUAUAACACCACAUCCAGCUCAAUAUUCAACAGCUGUUGAUGAAUUAUUUAAAUUAAUGCAAUUACUUGUUGCAAGACAUCCUGAUCAAAGUGAACAAGAAGAUACUGAAAUAGCAUCAUUUAGAAAAGGUACACUUGCAUCAUAUUUACAAGGUCUUGAUGGACGUUCAUGUUGGGCAACAUUAAUAUCAGCAUUUCGUAUAUUAAUUGAUACUGAUGAUGAUCGUCUUUAUGUUGUUUAUAAUAAUGGUUUAAGUAUGGCAUUAGAAGCAUUUCAUAUGUUACAUAUAAUGUAUCAUGAAGCAACAGCUUGUCAUGUUGCUGGUGAUUUAGCUGAACUUAUUGCAAUAAUUGUUGAACUUGUACGUUGUAUUAGAACAGCAAGAGAUGGUCCAGAUCCACGUAGUACACUUGGUAAUUGUAAAGAAUGGCCAGAUGUAUUACGUAAAUUAGCAACAUUAUUAAAUACAUAUAAUCCACCAGAAAUACGUAAUUUAGCAAUUGAUUUAUUAAAAGAAUUAAUAAUGCUUGUACCAUCAGAUGCAAUAAUGAUAUUAGCACCAUUAUUAUCACAUUGUCAUGCUGCAUUACAAGAAUCACAUGCAGCAGUACCACCUGGACCAUAUUUACCAAGAAGAACAACACAAACUGGUAAAAUACCAACACGUCCAGCACGUCCAAUGGUACAAAUGGCUGUACCACAUUCACAACUUGAAUCAACAAAAGGUACUGAUCCUGAUUAUGAUAGUGCAUUACUUGAAUUUUAUUUGCCUUAUCAUGAGCUUAUUGAUGUUAUGUGUCGUUUAGCAAUUAAUAAUGAUUGUAUGAAUGAUACAUUAAUUAGUUUAAGUACAAUGCUUGGUUUUGAAGGUGUACCAUUACAUUUAGCAUUAUUUCCAAGAUUAUGGCUUGAUGUACAUUCAGCAUCACAUAUUGAUAGAAAACAUAUAUCAGCAUUAUUAUGUUCAACAUAUACUGUUGAUUAUGUUGAUGCUGUAUUACUUGAUGAAAGAACAUCACUUGGUGUACCAGCAAUACAUGCAUUUCUUAAAACAUUUUUUCCAAAAUUAGCAAAUCAUGUAUUAACUGAUCAAACAUGUAAACUUAUUGAUAAUUUAGUUAAUUCAUUAAGUACUAUGAUUGAUAAUGUUGAUAUUAAAACAUCAGCACAUCGUUUAACUGGUGAUUUACGUGCAUUAUCAAUUGUAUAUAGUAGUGGUACAAGAAUCAAACCACCAAAUAUACUUAAUAAAAUACUUGAUACAUUACUUGCUAAAACAAUAUUUAUUAAAAAUCAUGAAACAAAACAACAACAACAACAACAACAUGAUUCUGAAGCGCCAGCUAAAAAAAGAAAAUUUAACAUUGAUAAUGAUAAUGAUAAUAAUGAUAAUAACGAUGAAAAAUUACAAAUUAAUAAUGAUAAUAAUAAAAAAAAUAAUAGUGAUAAUUCAAAUACUGUUAUUAAUAAUUUUCAUGAUAAAAAUGAUAAUAAUAAUCCUAUAAUGGAUAUUGAAGAUAAAGGUGAUGAUAAUAAUAUUGAAAUUAAUUUAAAAGAUGAAUUAAUAAAUGAUUGUAAUAAAACGACACUGGAAACAACAACAUCACCAUCAUCAUCAUCAUCAUCAUCAUCAUCAUCAUCAUCAUCAUCUACAACUACAACAACAAUAACAACGACAACAACACCAGUUACAACAUUAACAACAACAACAACAACAACAACAGCACCGUCAUCAUCAACAUCAACAUCAACAACAUCAACAAAACCAACAACAUCAUCAUUAACAUCAACAAGUACUUCCGUAUCAUCAAGUUUUGUUGGUUCAUCAACAACUAGUAGUUAUACAAAUCAACUUAUGUGUUCACUCACAAAUGUAUCAUGGCUUGAAACGCUUGAAAAGACAAUUAUUAAUCUUCAAAAAACUGUGUCAAUGCAAACUAAAAAUUAGUUUAUCCUUUUUUUUUCUUCUUUCUUUCGUUCGUUCGUUCAUAUAUAUUUUUUUUUUAUAUAAAAUCAUCUAUAAUAAAAUUAUAAAAUAAUUUAAUUAUGAGAGGCUGUAUGUGCGUGCGUGUGUGUGUGUGUAUUUUUUUUUCGCUAUAAGUGAAUAAUAUUUAAAAAGUGAGAGUUUUAAUCAUUAAUUAGAUCAAAUCUUGGCAUUAUAAUACUUUGGACUGAAUUAUUAAUGAUUAUUAUCUUUUUUUUUUUUGUGUGUAUAAUAAUAAUAAUGUAAAAUUUACUUGUCCAAAAAAAAGAUAAUAUGGUCAAAGAAAAAAAAAAAAAAAAAAAAG